CCACCAUGCCACUUAAUCCUACUUUGAUUGACAUUUUUCAAACUCCUCCCCUUCUUUUCCUCCUUCUUUUCGGGUUCCUCUCCCCGCACACUUCCCUCAUCCUGCCUGCGUGAGUGAAGCUGCUGGAGGACACUGCAAUGAUGGCUGCUACUGGAACUUUUCGUAUGGUGUCGGAGGAGGAGCAGGCCAUGAGGUCCAAGCUGGAGCACCUGAGUGUGAAAGACCAUGGACCUGUUUUCGGGCCUUCUCACAAAAUACCUCCUCACACUAUGCAGAAGGCGAAAGAUGAGCUAAAUGAGACGGAUGAGAGAAGGGCAUCUUCUCUGAAGGAGCUGCGAGCCAUGAUAAAAGACCGAGCAGUAGACGACCUGACUAAACUGGUGAUGGAGAGAUUUGGGGACAAACCUGAUUCACUGCUUCUGCGUUUCCUAAGAGCUCGCAAGUUUGAUGUGAACCGAACCUACGAGCUGAUGAAGGGUUACAUGCACUUUAGGAAGGAAUACCCAGAGCUGUUCGAAAACCUUACCCCGGAAGCGGUCCGCAGUACCAUUGAGCUGGGCUACCCUGUGGUGCUGCCAAGUCGGGACAAAUAUGGACGAGUGGUCCUGCUCUUCAACAUCGAGAACUGGGACCUGGAGGAGAUCACUUUUGAUGAGAUCUUGAGAGCCUACUGUGUGAUCUUGGAGAAGCUGCUGGAGAAUGAAGAGACCCAGAUCAAUGGCUUCGUCCUCAUUGAGAACUUCAGAGGCUUCACCAUGCAGCAUGCGUCUGGGAUCAAACCUGCGGAGCUGAAGAAGAUGGUGGACAUGCUCCAGGACUCUUUUCCAGCUCGUUUCAAGGCGGUCCACGUCACACACCAACCCUGGUAUUUUACCACCACGUACAACGUGGUCAAACCCUUUAUGAAGAGUAAGCUACUGGAGAGGGUGUUUGUUCAUGGGGAUGAGCUGGAAAACUAUCUAAAGGAAUUUGAUGAGGCUAUCAUCCCCGCAGAAUUUGAUGGGAAAGGUCCGACUUGUGACUACCAAGACAUCGCCAACAAGCUUUUCGGGUCUGAAGACACUGCCCUUUGAGAUUUCAUGCCGGAAGGCUGGAGAAAUAUGGUCUAUCACGCUAGAUGCUUCGUCUAAGAUCAGGCCUCGUACAUGCCAUGCUCGGGGCCUUGCUUGAUAUUAGCACAUAGAGAGUGUAUGAAAAGAAGUAUUAAGAGUAGGUCAGGAAGUAAAUAUAAUAGAUGUUACCUGUGACUAGACGAUUUGCUGUGUAGAGAAAGACAGUACAUGAUGAGCUGUCACGGCCACUUGAAUGUGAGCUUGUGCUGUUUGCCUUAAAAUUCCAUUUGAGAACAUGCAGAGCAGUCGCAGGCUCAAUAAUGCAGGGGAUCCCUGCGGUCCCGAUGAAGCCCGAGAAGAGGUGAGAGAAAGCUGAUUUAGAAAGAGUUUCGAGAGGAGGCUGCGUGAAUGUUUACAGGUCAAAGGUCGCUACGUACAAGGUCAAAAAUGAGUGUAACGACGGGACUAUACAUUUGUAUGACACCCAGGUGAACAUGAUUCCAUUUGUUUUCAAUAAAACAGUUGUUUUUACA